UCGGCUGACUCCGGGCCCAAUAUCGGGACUAUGUAUGUAAUAUGUGUAUCCGGGAUGCCAGAUGCUAGGCGGUCCCGGCCCGGGAGUGUCGAUUGCCCAUCGGCGGAGCGGGCCGGCGAGUACACCACAAGCACCACCGCUCGUCUGGUCAACACACGCUGCAGCCUUCCCUUUCUCCGCCUAUCUUUUUCCCGUCUUUCUCAUCGGGAAAACUCUCAGUAUAUUAAGUUGCAAUGCAUACAUACAUCGGAUGGAAAUAACAACGCCGAGUACAUACGACAGCAAGCCGGCAAGCCUCCGCCUGCCCUCAACAAGAUAGCAACAUUGUAUCAUUUGAGGGUAUGUUGUAGGAUGGCGGUGUAG